AUGAAGAGCAGACCAGCAAAAGUCAUCCGCGACUACCUGGUUCCCAUGCCAUCCCACCUACUCACCACAACGCUGUCGGACCUCUUGCACACACCGCUCACCUCGGGGUCGUCGAUGGCGAUGGAAGGGAGAAGUUUGCCGCAGGGCCAUCAUUUGGCGUAUUUCCCAUUGCAGACGCCGGCCUCGAGGCUUGCUAGUGAUGGGGCGGAUCAGGAUCAUGCGCCUGAUGAGCAGUUUACGAAGAGACUGUGGGCUGGAGGGGAGGUUCGUUUUGGCGGGAGGAAGUUGGUGCUUGAUGGGAGGCCGUGGGUUUGUAAGGAGGAAAUUGGAGAUGUGAGGGUCAAAGGGGAGGGAUGGGAUGAGAAGGUGUUUGUUGAUGUGUGGAGGAGGUAUGGGUUGGGGCAUGAUGGGGAUGUUGGGGAGUGGGAUAUUGAGGAGAGGAGGACGCUGGUGUUUAUGCGCCAGACGGAGCAUCAGGACCAGGCGUCGAGUGGACGGCUCGUCAAGUAUGCCCGCACCCCCGCUUACUCGGCCUCUCUCAUCCCCACGCCAACGCACCUCUUCCACUUCUCAGCUCUUACAUACAAUGCCCACUCCAUCCACAUCGAUCCUCUCUACGCAAAGUCCCAGGAUGGACACCGUGCGCUGCUCGUUCACGGACCGUUGUCGCUGGCGCUUAUGCUACGUGUCUUGAACGACCACGUUACGUCCAAGGAGGGCGGCGGCGCGGGAGUGGUCAAGUCUAUUGCGUAUAGGAACUAUGCGCCACUGUAUGUGGGCGAGGAGAUGAAGGUUUGUGUGAGACGGACGGAGAGUGAUGCGGCAAAGGGGGGAGAGGAAUGGGAUGUGUGGGUUGAAGGGCCUGAGGGGGGUUUGGCUGUUAAGGGCAGUGUGGUUGUGGAUGCCAAGAAGGCGAAUCUGCCGUAG